AUGGUCAACUCUUGUUGUGGCUCCGUCUGCUCUGACCAGGGCUGUGGCCAAGGCUGCUGUCAGGAGACCUGCUGCCGCCCCAGCUGCUGCAUUUCUAGCUGCUGCCGCCCCUCCUGCUGUGGCUCCAGCUGCUGUGGCUCCAGCUGCUGUCGUCCCUCCUGUUGCAUCUCUAGCUGCUGCCGCCCCUCCUGCUGUGGCUCCAGCUGCUGUGGCUCCAGCUGCUGCCGCCCUUCCUGUUGCAUCUCCAGCUGCUGCCGCCCUUCUUGCUGUGGUUCUAGCUGCUGUGGCUCCAACUGCUGCCGCCCCUCUUGCUGUGGUUCUAGCUGCUGUGGCUCCAGCUGUUGUCGUCCUUCCUGUUGCAUCUCCAGCUGCUGCCGCCCCUCUUGCUGUGGCUCCAGCUGCUGUGGCUCCAGCUGCUGCCGGCCCUGCUGCUGCCCCUGCUGCUGCCUCCGCCCAGUCUGUGGCCAGGUCUCCUGCCCCACCAAUUGCUAUCGCCCCACCUGUGUCAUCUCCACCUGCCCCCGCCCCAUGUGCUGUGCCGUCCCUGACUGCUGAGC